CACUCUGGGCUGGAACUGGGACGAUACUCAGAACUCCUAGCAAAGGGAGUGCACAGGCUAUCCAGCCCUGGGACUCGAGAGGCUGGGGAGGGAUUCUAGCCCCUGUCACCCACGGACACGGGGCUGAGUGGGGUCAGGGGUGGGAAGUCUGCCCCCCCUUGGGGGGGCAGAACAGGGCCUCAGGCCUCGGUGCCGCCUGGCCCCUGGAAGAUGCCUGUGCCCUGGUUCUUGCUGUCCUUGGCACUGGGCCGAAGCCCUGUGGUCUUCUCCCUGGAGAGGCUUGUGGAGCCUCAGGACGUUGCCCACUGCUCUCCGGGCCUCUCCUGCCACCUCUGGGAUGGUGACAUACUUUGCCUGCCUGGAAGCAUUGUGCCCGCCCUAGGGCCUGUGCUGGUGCCCACCCACCUGCAGACAGAGCUGGUGCUGAGGUGCCACCAGGAAACCGACUGUGACCUCUGUGUGCGUGUGGCUGUCCACUUGGCCGUGCAUGGGCACUGGGAAGAGCCUGAGGAGGAGGAAAAGUAUGGAGGAGCAGCUGACCAAGAGCUUGAGAAGUCCAGGAACGCCUCUCUCCAGGCCCAAGUCGUGCUCUCCUUCCAGGGUUACCCUACUACACGCUGCGUCCUCCUGGAGGUGGAAGUCCCUGCUGCUCUUGUGCAGCCUAGUCAGUCUGUGGGCUCUGUAGUAUUUGACUGCUUUGAGGCUGCCCUUGGGGGUGAGGUGCGAAUCUGGUCCUAUACUCAGCCCAGGUAUCAGAAGGAACUCAACCUCACACAACAGCUGCCUGACUGCAGGGGGCUCGAAGUCCGGAACAGCAUCCACAGCUGCUGGGCCUCGCCCUGGCUCAAUGUGUCUACAGAUGGGGAUGAUGUACGCCUGGUGCUGGAUGUCCCUCAGGAGCAGCGCUUUGGCCUCUCCUUGUACUGGAAGCGGGCCCAAGGCUCCUCAAAGCCCUGGUGGAAUAGAAACCUGACUGGGCCGCAGAUUAUUACCUUGAACCACACCGACCUGGUUCCCUGCCUCUGUAUUCAGGUAGGAACAGAGUCCAGCUGGGAGCCAGUGGAAGGAGACUGGGAAGAUGGUGAGAGGAGUGACCUUCCCCUGCUGCUCUCACCAUUCUCUGUGCUCCUGUUUGAGGUGUGGCCCCUGGAGCCCGACUCCAUCAGGACGAACAUCUGCCCCUUUGUGGAGGACCCUAGCGCACACCGGAACCUCUGGCGAGUAGCUCGGCUGCGGCUGCUGUCCCCGCUGAGCUGGCUGCUGGACGCGCCGUGCUCGCUGCAGGCAGAGUCAGCGCUGUGCUGGCAGGCACUGGGUGGGGGCCCCUGCCGGCCACUGGUUCCGCCACUGCCCUGGGAGAAUGUCACUGUAAAUAAGGCCCGUGAAUUCCCAUUGCUAGAAGGCCACCCUAACCUUUGUGUCCAGGUCAGAAAGGCGUACCAAGCUGGGCUGGGGGUGAGCAGCUGGGAGGAGAUACAGCUGCAAGAGUGCUUGUGGGCUGGUGAGUGGAGCCUGGAGGAGGCUGGGGCAGGGGCUCCUGGGGGUGUGGGUCAGGGCAUGAGGGGAGGGCAAGUGGCAACUCCCACUAAGCGGUUUUGGUCAGAGAGGCAUCUCACCCUUCUAGACUCCCUGGGGCCCCUCAAGGAUGAUGUGCUGCUGGUGGAGACACGAGGCCCCCAGGACAGCAGAUCACUCUGUGCCUUGGAACCCAGUGGCUGUACUUCACUGACCAGCAGGGCCUCUACGAGAGCAGCUCACCUUGGAGAGCAGUUACUACAAGACCUGCAGUCUGGCCAGUGUUUGCAGCUAUUGGAUGAUGACCUGGGAGCCCUAUGGGCGUGCCCCAUGGACAAAUACAUCCACAAGCGCUGGGCCCUGGUGUGGCUGGCCUGCCUACUCGUGGCCGCUGUGCUUUUCCUCCUCCUCCUUCUCAAAAAGGAGCACGUGAAAGGGUGGCUGAGGUUCCUGAAGCAGGACGUCCGCUCUGGGGCGACCACCAGGGGCCGCGCGGCUUUGCUCCUCUACUCGGCUGAUGAUGCGGGCUUCGAGCGCCUGGUGGGCGCCCUGGCGUCGGCGCUGUGCCAGUUGCCGCUGCGUGUGGCCGUGGACUUGUGGAGCCGUCGUGAACUGAGCGCGCAGGGGCCCCUGGCCUGGUUCCACGCUCAGCGGCUACAGAUCCUGCAGGAGGGAGGCGUGGUAGUCCUGCUCUUCUCUCCCGGGGCCGUGGCGCUGUGCAGCGAGUGGCUGCAGGACCAGGCGGCGGCGCCGGGGGAGCACGGCCCGCACGAUUCCUUCGCCUCCUCGCUCAGCUGCGUGUUGCCCGACUUCUUGCAGGGCCGGGCACCGGGCCGCUAUGUGGGGGCUUGCUUUGACAGACUGCUCCACCCUGAUGCCGUGCCCGCCCUUUUCCACACCGUGCCGGUCUUCUCGCUGCCCUCACAGCUGCCAGACUUCCUGGGGGCCCUGGAGGGGUCCUGCGCCCGCCACCCUAGGCGGCUAGAGGAGAGGGCGGAGCGGGUGUCGCGGGUCCUUCUGCAAGCCCUGGACGGCUGUUUCCAGGCCCCGGGGGACGCUGGGCCGAGAUGCGCGAUGGAACCUGGGACGGGGGACCGGACUUGAAUAAAGGCAGAUGCUAUUUUUUCUAUCCGUCUUGCCCACACGUACCUUUUUGGCGCAGCAGCUAGGCUGGCGAGCAGUAUUCCUGAACCCGGC